AUGGAAAGAAUUCACCAAAUAUUAGUAGAUAUGAGGGAAAGAUUUCCUCAUUGUAGCAAGAAUAUUGAACAAGAUUUAAGAGAAUUGAUUAGUAGACCAUUAAGAAAUCAAUUUAUGACUAUUUGUUUUCAACAUAGCCUUAUGCACAACUAUAAAUGGGAAGGAAGUAAGAUUGAACAAAUUAAAGAUUUAGAAGCAGAGGUAGAAGAGCUAGAAGAAAGAAAACUCGAGAGUGCUAGUAAAAAGAUUUCUCAUCUAGAAGCCCAAGUUGAAAAGUUGGAGGAAGAAUCAAGUCAAAAGAGCAAAAAAAUAGAAAAACUAAGUAAGCAAUUAACUGAUAUUGAAACACAAAAUGAAAAUCUAAAGAAUUCAUUCUACUUAGAUAAUAAACCCUUACCUGCUUUACCUGUAGAAGAGAACAAGUUAUCAACUAAACAGAACAUUUUUAAGCAAUUAAAAACAAAAGCAAAAGUUAAGUUCCAAAAAUUACAAAAGUUAAUCAAAAGAGAAAAAUUUCACAACCAAGAAGUGAUUGCUCAAAUAGAAGUUAAGUCUAAAUAG